AUGAAAAGUGCUGACUUUAAUCCCUUCUCUUGGGACAAUAGCAGCAAGAAAGUUCAGUCCAGUGUCAUUAGCCUCGAGCUUCAAACGGAAAAUGCAACAAAACUGAAUGUUUCAAACCUCGAUAAUUACAUUGAGAUAGUUAUACCUAUUUCCACCCCACCUUCAAAUACCAGCAACGGAUCAGAGCAUUAUUUUCUAAAGCCAAACCAAUUGACUAUGAGGAGCUAUUACGCCGACCUAGCAGAUGUACCUGUUUCCAUCAGCCUGGGUGUGGCAAAAGAGGAAACAUUAGUUAAAAUGUUUGUGAAAUUUGGGUCAAGGCCUACCACAGACGACUCUGACCUCAACUUUACGCUAAAGCUCACGUCAAAGUGCGGAAAUGUGACAAAGAGCGCGGCCAACGAAACUUCGUGCAUUCCAGAAGAGAGAGUUGUUACCAUACUUCCUAUCGAACCAAGUCACAUUUAUAUAGGUUUAUUAUAUGAAGAAUCGAAAAAUGUAAGCGAGCAUUCCAGAGAGACACGGUCAUGCUUUGGCCAUAGUCGCCAGAGACGAUCAUGCGUUGGCGUUAAAGAUCCACCUCCAAAAGGGAUCCUUCAGACGAUUGUACCUCAAUAUAACCCACAAACUGAUGUCAACUAUACGUUUACUAUAACCCAAUCAAGUUGUUUGUAUUGGUCUGAAGAUGAGGAAAAGUGGACAUCCGAUGGUUGCAAAGUAAGUUUCAAUAAAAUCAUGAUUUCCAAAAAAUUCUUAGAAAACAGGAUAACCAGCCACAUUACCCUACAAGGUGAGCUAAAUCCUAGAACGAAAUCUAUCGACAUAUACUGAUGGCAGGUGUUUUUUAUAUUUCCAUGGCAGGUCGACGUGGGCUCUAACACCACACAUCUCAAAUGCCUCUGCAACCAUCUGACGUCUUUCGGCGGAAACUUCAUUCAAGCUCCCAAUCCCAUUGACUUCGACAAAGUUUUCACGGAGUUUGCUCGACUUAGCGAAUCGGGCAACAUUUCAGUGCUCGUGACAAUUGCAUGUGCGUUCCUUAUUUACUUUGUAGCUCUUAUAUUUGCAAGGAGGGCUGACAAAAGAGAUGAAAGCAAGGUAUGAAUUUAAGUAUUGCAUGUAAUAUUUACGUACAAAUCAUCCCGCAGUAGUAAUACGGUUAAGAGCUUACGAUGAGAAAUAUGACCUUUUCCAAUUUUUACUCUAUACCAAAGUGUAGCUUUCUUCUUUAUUGUCUCUUACAUCCAAAGAAAUGAAAGAAUGUGUCUAGCAAUGUGAAAUCAAAUUAAAACAGUCUUUUUAAGUUAAGUAGGUGUUUUCGCUGGACAUUUCAAUUAUUUAGCGGGGAAAUAAUCGAAAGUUCGGUCUCCCAUCAUCAGCAACAAUGACGUUACUCUUUGUGUGGCACCACUACCAUGUUAACAAAGUAAACUAUGUUAUGUUUACUUGUUUUUUUGCAGAUUUUCUCACCGCUACAGAUAAAUCUUGUUGAAGAAGGAACAUACUACUACGACAUGGUUAUCAGCACUGGCGUCUGGAAUGAUUCAGCAACAACGGCAAACGUAACGAUGAGCAUUAAAGGAGACAACGAUGAACAUGAUCUCAUUACUCUUCAAAAACAUGGUGAUUUACAAGAAGUUUUUGGUCGAGGAAGUAUAAACGGUUUUGUUCUGGUUACAAACGAGUCAUUAGGAAAUCUAAACGAAAUAACUUUGGAACAAGAUAAUUCAGGCGAAAAUCCAUCUUGGUUUGUAGAAACAGUGGUAAUCAGGGACAGACAAACAGAAGAACGCUGGGUGUUCCCCAUAAAUAGAUGGCUUGCACUUGAAAAAGACGAUGGGCAGAUAGAAAUUAGUGUAAAAAGCAAAGCAGCUACAUCCUUUUCGGCGGAGGUGAGAUCGCGUUUUGGGAGAAAGAUAGCUGACAGCCAUUUGUGGAUGUCGGUCUUCAGUAAAGCGUGCAGUAGUACAUUCACGCGCGUGCAAAGAGCGUCGUGUUGUCUUUCAAUUCUCUUCAGUGCAAUGAUAGCCAAUGCCAUGUUCUAUAAUAUUGGCGGGGAGUCAGCGGGAGCAAUACAAAUUGGACCUUUCAAGUUUUCCUGGAGACAAAUAGUCGUUGGAGUACAGAGUGCUAUAAUAGUUGCACCUGUAAACGUUCUGAUUGUGUUUCUGUUUAAGUCUAGUAGAACAAAGGAGAAGAAAGAAGACAAAUAUAAAGAUUCCUUUCAAGCACAACAGCUCGUCGAUGAAGUAAAUGGUCAAGGCUGUAUGCUACCACAUUUCUGUGUAUACAUCGCUUGGUUUCUCUGCUUUGUCACCACUAUGACAGCAGCAACAUUUACGUUAUUUUAUAGUUUAAUGUGGGGUAAGGAAGUCGCUGAGCAGUGGCUGGCCUCCAUUCUUAUUUCCAAUGGACAAGACGUUUUUGUUAUGCAACCAACAAAGGUCAUGUUAGCAGUUAUUUUAGUUUCCUUUCUUAUGACUAGAAACAAACAGGAUGAUGUGGAAGAGGGAGAUGUAAAAGAUGGUGAACUUGAUGACGAUAACGUGGAUUUUUUAAGUGAUAAUCCUAAACAACGCUUUAAACAGAGCCUCAUGGAGAAAAUGCGCAUACGAAGCAGACAAGAGGCUCAGUUAGCAAGUAAAGCGAGGGAAAUUGUCUUCCAUUUAUUAUUUGUGUUUCUGCUGUCUGUAGUCUGUUAUGGCAACAAGAAUGAGAAUCGUUUCUUGAUGACAACAGAGAUGAAAAAUAUUUUCGCAAGCUUUGAUCAGGUAUGAAACACUUUGUUUUUAUAUCUUUUAAAAUUGAAAAUCGAUAACAUUAAGGAUAACAGUGGUAGUGAUAAUAAUGAUAGAAAUAACGAUAACGAUGAUUAGUAAUGGCAACUGAACUGAGUGGAUUCCAAUUCGGUUUGUAAUCAAGGAGUGAUUUAUUGCUUACCAGUAUUAAUACUGAGUGAAAUGGGCGAUAUAAAAUUUUGUUAGCAGAAUUCAAACUAUGACUAACUUUGAGAGAAAAACUCGGCAUCCAUGAUUGCUUUUCAAAAAAAAAAUGAACAAACAAACAGACAAGCAAACAAUUUUUUUCUGACGAAAUGCGCGACAACGGCGUGCACAUAUGACGAGUGCUAUCUAAUUACACAGGCAAGGCGCGCACACUGGUAAAAAAAAAACUGUGCAAUUAAAAGCAUGGCACUUACAUUGUCCUAAUUAAUACCCAGACCGGGAUGAUGAGAAUCAAUCACGUUCGAUAAUUCUGUUACAAAUAGACUUGAUUACAAUGAUCAUGAUGAGAUUUAUUUCAUAAUGAGUUAGAGUGGUGUAGUGAAGUAGGGAAUGGUGUAGUCGCAGUGUAUUUGGAACGGGUUUUUGAGAGACUUGAUCAGACCAGGCUAAUGAAGCCUGCUAAUGAUGAUCUUAGUUCCCUCCUUCUACAGUUCUUAUCAUUUUCAUUCAUCUUUUUAUUAAAAAGAGGACUCGUCAUAGGCGAAACGAAGUAAAGGCGGCAGUACUAAAUGCAGUGUAGAAGUUUGGUUAUGUUAAGUUUCUGAAUAACAUACAAAUCACUCCCUUUUACUUAACUUAACUUAACCCAAUACAAGUCAAUAUUUAGUUCCUCAAUCUAAUUAUGUGAACUUACUUUUGUGUUCCGUGUUAAGGUGACUGAUUCGCGAAGACUGUCGAGAUGGCUGGCAGAGAAGUUUCUACCAAACGUAUACAACCAGGACUGGUAUAAUGGCCUCGAAGAACCAAAUGAUGUUUACAUCGCCAAUAAGAUGUCCAUACUGAUUGGCAUGCCUUGGAUGCGACAGUUAAGAAUUCUUAAAAGUACGUUGAUGAUAAUUACAUUUGACUCAAUUAUAAUACUAUUUGUAUAUGAUUAAUUUUAUUACGAUUCGUUUCAAACUUCUGAUUCCUUUUUUUUCGUGUCCUGAAGGUCAUUGUAAGUCACUUCCUGCAACUAUACCAGACUGCUACUACGAUUAUUCUCCAGAGAUAGAGGACACAACAGAGCUGAGUCUUCCAGGCUGGCGGCCACUUCCCUUUAAUACAUCCUGGCCAAAGGCACUUCGAAUUUGUCCAAAACCCUGGCGUUACCAGACAGCUGAAACGCUGGACACUGAUCCUGUAAAAGCCGUGUACAACACUUAUGGAGGAGGUGGUUACGUGGCCAUCUUGGGAUAUGAUGAGCAAACAGCACGUGGCGUUUUAGAGGAAACCAUUGGCCAUGGAUGGCUUGAUCGAAGUACUCGAUCAGUAAUUGUGGAGCUUGCGACGUUCAAUAUCAAUACAAAUUUAAUUAGCAUUGCUACGUUUAUCUACGAAAUGAUUGCAGCUGGUGCAGCCUACACAGUUAUGAGAGUGGACACCCUUGAGUUGUACAGCACAGAGUCGGGGGCUCUCAUGUUUUAUCUCAUUUGCCAGUUUUUAUUCUUGGCAAUGGUGCUAUUCUACCUCUUCAUGAUGUUGUUUCACCUUUACCGACAACGGUUGGGUUUUUUUUUCAAGUCUGUCUGGAAUAUGGUUGAUUUCUUGAUGAUCAUCUCUUCUACAACGUCUGUUGCGUGCUACAUGAUGAGAUCAAAGAAAAUCUUAAACAGCAUCAAUGCAAUUCAAAAAAAUCCUUUCGAAAUAAUUCAUUUUCAUUCUGCUUUAAAUUGGGCCAGCUGGGAAAAUGCUUCUAUUGCUCUCGCGAUUUUUAUGGUUACAGUGAAGCUCUUAAAUCUUAUUCGUUUUAAUCCUUACGUCAUAUAUUUGUUUUCAUCUUUCCGCCAGUCUGCAGGCUACCAACUGUCCUAUUUUGUUUUCUUUGUCAUAGUAUUCAACGCGUUUGUUAUAUCAGGAAUGCAGCUUUUCGGAGGAGUAGUUUAUCAUUACUCUAGUUAUCUGCAUGCUGUCAUUUCGCAAUUUGAAUUUCUGUUGGGUAAAGCAGUCCCAAUUGCUGAUCUUCGCAAAGACAAACCUUUUAUCGGUCCAACUUUUGUUUUUUUUUUCAUGUUAAUGAUGACGAUAUUUCUUAUGAAUAUGUUGGUAUCUGUCCUGAACGAAUCCUACACUGACGCUAAGGAUAACGCAGAAGGAAGUUCAGAAGAGCUGGAAAUGGCGCGCUUCAUUGGGGAACGUUUCAUGGCCUUAUUUCAAGAAGGAAAAAGGCGACCAGAAUUUAAAUUAUUUUGUGACGAAACAACUUUUGUUAACAUGUGUCGUUCCGAGGCAGAACCGUUCUGUUUAAAUUCUCAAAGUCUUCUUCAGUGCACGGAGGAACGGUUAGAAAAACUAGAUAAAAGAAUAAGCGCAGUCAUGAGACGGACAGAGAACAUCGAUGGUGAUGAACUAGAUGAGGAGAAAGAGUUUCAUUCUCUGCUCUUGUUAUUGAUUAAUUCUCAUUAG